UAGAUUUUCUCCCUCUCUCUGGGUGCAGGUUGUAGAGGGUACGAGUUAGACCUAAUGUGUUAUUCCCAAUUAAAUAUUAAAUAUAACUGAAUGAAUGGUACAUAGCUUGGUGUAACGUUAAUUAGUUGAAAUAUAGAUAAGAAUAUAAAUAAGCACUAUAUUAACAGGUUGGACGUGGUUAUAAAAACCAAAAGCUCUACCACUAGAAUCGGAGGUCACCAGGUCAUCUGAUAUUAGCCCCACUAUUAACAUCUCUAAAAUGGACAGUGAGGAUGAUCUGGAUAUUUUGACGUCACUGCUGGCUGAGAGCAAGGGUGGCGGAGAGGAUCAGGAAAGUCAGGAGCAGGCGGACGACUUGGACGGCCUGUUUGAUGAUGACAACAAUGAGGAGGAGUACGAAGAGGGCGUCGAGGAGGAAGGGCAAAAUAUGCAGACAGAGGACACAUUGUCAGAUCUCUUUGGAGAUGUGGAUGACAUUGAAAAUGAGGAGAAAGAAACUAAAGGAAAAGCAAGUGGCGGAGGAGCCAGUGAGAGCCUGAACAGGUCCAAGGAGGAUUUACAAGAGGAGCUGAGGCAGAUGCGGGAGCAGAUGCAGAGAUUGCAGCAGCAGCUGGAGGCAAGUCAGAAGGUUUGCACCCCAUCAUCCACUCCAGUCAGGACUGCAGUGAGCUCAGCUGGUCCCAAACAUAUGACCCCCAAACCAACACCUCCCCAACAACUGACAUCCAAGGUGACCCAGGCAAAACCAGCAGCUACGACACAGAAGAUCAAGACAGAAGCAGCAGCAACAUCUUCAUCCGCUCCAUACAGAGGAAGAAGCAUGAAGCUCAAGGAGUGCUCUGACUUUUCUGAUCAGCUGAAUAAUGCUGGCUCUUUCAAACGCAAGCCCAGGGUAGCUCACCAAACCAAACCCAGCACAUCACCAGAAGACAGGGGGCCACUGGUGGAGAUAAAGAUUGGCAGCUCUUUCCAGCCAGUAGAGAGCACCAGCAAGGUUUCCAGUCCUCUGCGUUCACCUCCAGCCUCCCACACUAGACCCGCACCAUCAGCAGCACAGCCUAAACCACUUUCUCUGUCUCUGCUUCCUAAGGAUGUGGCUGUGGAAAAAUACUCAGGACUUCGGCUCAGAAAACCACGGGUUUCUUCCAGCGAGAUGGAACAUAAGAUGGCGGAUCGCCGUCUAAUCCGUCUUUCACAGGUGCCGGAGCGUUUGGCUCGGGAGAAGCUGGAGGACAGUGACUGGGUGACGUUUGCGGUGUUGAUCAACAAGGCCACACCACAAAGCAGCAGCAGUGGCAAAACCUUCAGCAUCUGGAAACUGAAUGACCUCCAUAACCUGGAAGUGUUUGUAUCUCUGUUGCUGUUUGGUGAAGUCCACAAAGAGCACUGGAAGACAGAGCUGGGCACCGUUAUUGGACUCCUCAACCCAAAACCCAUGAAGCAGAAGGACGGAUAUAACGGGGUCAGCCUGACAGUGGAUCACCCACAGAAGGUGCUGCUGAUGGGUGAAGCUCAGGACUUUGGCACCUGCAAAGGCAUAAAGAAAAACGGAGACCCCUGCUCUCAGAUUGUCAACGUGUAUACGUGCCAGUACUGCCAGUAUCAUGUCAAGGCCCAGUAUAAAAAGAUGAGCUCAAAGAGGGCUGAGCUGCAGUCGUCAUUCUCUGGAAAAGCUCCCAACAAGGUGAAAGGGAAGGGCGGCAGCCUGAGAGAGCGGCUGUGUCAGGACGGCUUCUACUAUGGCGGCAUUUCCUCAGCUGCCUGCGCUGUGUCACUAACAACGUCCAAACUGAACAAACCCACACAGAAAACUCUGGACAAGCUGUUUGUGAAAAGCUCGGCUCAGCUCAUCGAUCAGGCCAAGAGGCUCGCCAUGCAGUCCAGUGAAGUUUCAGGUUGUUCAAACGAGUUCAAGAGCCUGAUGUUGGUGCCAACACCUGGGGCCCUGCAGCUGAAGAAGCAUUUAGCACAGGGCAGCCAAUCAGUCUCCAAAGAUGUGGCUGGGGCUCCAUGUCAGUCCAUCUCAGCCUCAGACCUGCUGAAGCAGCAAAAACAGAAGCAGCGGGAGAUUCUGGAGAACCAUCAACGGAGGGCGUAUGAGAUCCAGGAAAGACUGCUGCAGAACACAGGCGGGGCGAGACCCGGGUCAUCUUCCUUACUGGGCCGAGAAGGUCUGAUGUGCCCGAAAGCAGCUUCUGAGGACCGUAAAUCCACCCAAAGCCCUGCAGCUCCCACCCUGGGCCGCGGCUUCUCUGAGGGUGAAGACAUCCUCUUUUUUGAGAACAGCCCCCCUCCAGCUCUUCCUCCCAGCACUCUCAGCCUAUCAGCUGCCAAGCUGGCUGCUCUGAAGAAACUGAGAGCUAAAGGGACGGGCCUUGAAAAAGAAGACCCCAACGCUGUGAAGAGGAAGAGGAGUAACAGCAGUGAGAUCAGCACCCGGGUUGAGAAGAAUCUGAGCUCACCUAACGGUGAAUCAUCCAGUAAUGAGGAUGAGGAGCCAGCCCAGAAGAAGCGGGAUCAGCUCCUCUACAUUCAAUCAGAGGAGUUCCAGAAGAUCCUUAACGCUAAAUCUCGUCACGGGGUUGUACUACAGGCGGCUGAAUACCAGCUGCAGCAGCAUUACUUUGAUGCUUUGGUGAAAAAAGAGCAGAUGGAGGAGAAGAUGAAGGGCAUCAGAGAGAUGAAGUGUCGUGCUGUCACCUGUAAAAAGUGUAGGUACACCUAUUUUAAGCCGGCGGAUCGAUGCGUGGAGGAGAAUCAUGAUCUGCGGUGGCAUGACGCCGUGAAACGUUUCUUCAAAUGUCCCUGUGGACAGAGAGCCAUCGCUCUGGACCGACUGCCGCACAAACACUGCAGUAACUGUGGUCUGUUUAAAUGGGAGCGUGAUGGGAUGCUGAAGGAGAAAACAGGACCAAAAAUUGGUGGAGAGCUUCUCCAGCCUCGAGGAGAGGAGCACGCCAAGUUCCUCAACAGCAUGAAGUGACAGCGCCCUAACCUUCAUCGCUCCCACAAACUGGUUGUUAAGGGAACAGCGUGUAGUUAGAUAUUUAUGUUGUUUGUCUUGUGUCUUUCUACAUGUGUAUGAAUUAUGUUUUUGAACAUUGAUGUUCUUUUGUAGAUUAUUGGGAUUUAAAUGUCUUUGAUUAUAUUGGAUAUGCUUGAAAUAGGUGAUUAAAGUAAUU